CUCCUUAGAAGCGCGUGCAGGCCGGUUGUGUGGCGGUUGCAGUGCUGGUUGUAACCUGUGAGGGGACAUGGCGCUUCUCGCUGUCCUGCAGGAUGAACGGCGCCUCCUGGAGCUCUUGUCCUUCCUUAUGCUCCUUAUGGGAGCCCUCUCGUUCAUACUCCUCAGGUGUAUCCGUGUGCCGUACGGACGGUAUGCCAGCUCCACGUUCGGGCCGCCGGUGCCGGUGCGUUUGGCCUGGUUCAUCCAGGAGCUGCCUUCCCUUGCUGUGCCGGUGUAUUACCUUAUCGUCCACAGAGAGGUGGGAGCGCCGUCCAGGGCUCUGCUGGUGGGCUUCAUCUGUCACUACGUACAGCGCACUCUUAUCUUCCCAUUCCUGAUUCGUGGGGGUAAGCCAACACCCUUAGCUUCAUUUUCCCUUGCAUUUAUUUUCUGCUGUUACAAUGGAUACCUUCAGAGCAGCUAUUUGUGCCAGUAUGCCCAUCUCCCUGCCGAAUGGAUAUAUGACCCCAGAUUUAUCAUUGGCACAGUGCUAUUUAUCUGUGGAAUGCUUGUCAAUAUUCAUUCUGACCACAUACUGAGGAAUCUUAGAAAACCUGGAGAGACAGGUUAUAAAAUACCCAAAGGUGGACUUUUUGAAUAUGUUUCUGGGGCAAACUUUUUGGGUGAAAUUUUAGAAUGGACAGGAUUUGCUAUUGCUGGUUGGUCCAUCCCUGGAGCUGCUUUUGCUGUAUUCACCUUGCUAGUACUUUUAUCUAGAGCACAGCAACAUCAUCAAUGGUAUAUUGAGAAAUUUGAAAACUAUCCAAAAGCCAGGAAAAUCCUUGUCCCUUUUAUAUAUUAAGUUUUAAAGAUGAAUAAAGAUGGAAGUGCCUGUUCAUCGGGUUCAAUUUCAUUUUAAUAAGCCUGAUGCUAAUCUGAGCUCAUAAUACUUGAAUUUUUUCUGUUUUUAUUAAAGGAAGUUUAUAGUUUGUUUUAAAAUUAA